AUGAAAAAAAAUAUUGAUGACGAAGAUGUUGACCCCUGUUAAUUUAUUAAAAAUUUAGAUACUGGAGAUACUUAUAGUGUUAACAAUUUUGGGGAAUUAGAAAUAGAAUAACAUUAAUACACACCUUUACAUUCGAAGAAAAAUAGAUGGAAGAAUUUUUGGACAAAAAUGGAAGAAAUAAAUGAAAAAUUAUAUGAUGCAUGUGAAAAAGGAGAUGAAGAUAUUGUUUCUAGAUUACUUAAAGAUUAAAUUGAUUUAAAAAAAUAAGUUUAAUAAUCAAAUGGAUCAACUACUACAAGUCUUAUUGGAGAAGAAUUUUAAGAGUUUAUAGGAUUAUUAAAUAUAGAUUGUAAAGGAUUAGAUGAUUGGACAGCCUUACAUCAUGCUAUCAAUAGUAGAAGGGUAGGAAUAGUUAAAUUAUUGCUAGAUUCUAAAGCUAACCCUAAUUUAAGUACUUAAAUGAAAAGUACUCCUUUACAUCUUGCAUGUUUAAGAAGAAGUCUGGAAAUAGUCUAAAUACUUUUAUAGCAUAAAGUUGAUUUGAAUUGUUAGGAUUCUGAUUUAAAUACUCCUUUGCAUAUAAGUUCAGAAUUUGGAGAAACUUAAAUUGUAGAAUGUUUAUUGAAAAAUGGAGCAGAUGGUAUUUAUUUAGUAUCAUUAUUCAAAUUAGCAACUUUAAAGAAUUCUCAUUAAAAGACUCCAUUAGAUGUGACUAUGUCAUCAGAAGUUAGGAUGAUUCUUUAAAAGUAUGUUCCUAAUACUGAAGGAUAUCAAUCAAGAUCAUAGAUAGGUGGAUAAAUAGUAAGAAACUCUAGGGCUGAUCAUAUUGAAAGACUAUUAGGAAAAGUUAAUGAGUUAUCAAAAAUGGAAAUAUUGAAAUAAUCAUAAGAAACUAUGAAAUAGAAAUAAAUAAGUAUUCCAUAACCUGUACCUUAAUUUGUAGAUAUUAAUGUUAAUGUAUAUAAAUUAUAAAUUAAUAGGCUUCUUCACCAGAUGGUUAUGUAUUUCAUAAAUUACUUGGGAAGGGAAGCUUUGGAGAAGUAUAUUUUGCUACAAGAAAAUAAGAUGGAGAAUAAUUUGCUAUUAAAACUCUUUGUAAAGAAAGGGUUUUUACUAAAAAUUUAACUAGAUAUGCUUAAACAGAAAAGAAUGUUCUUAGUGUUAUGAAACAUCCAUUUAUUGUUAGAUUACAUGCAGCAUUUCAAAAUUCAUCAAAAUUAUUUAUGGUUUUAGAUUUUUGUCCAGGAGGUGAUUUAGGAUAAUUAUUAACUAAAUAAGUUAAACUUAGUGAAGAUGUGGCUAGAUUUUAUAUAUGUGAAGUGAUUUUAGCUUUAGAAACAUUACAUAAAAAUUGUAUCAUUUUUAGAGAUCUUAAACCUGACAAUGUUGUAUUGGAUACUAAAGGACAUGCAAAAUUAACAGAUUUUGGAUUAUCAAAAGAAGGGGUUUAUGAUAAUCUUACUAAGAGUUUUUGUGGUUCAAUUGCAUAUCUUGCUCCUGAAGUUCUCAUGAAAAGGGGCCAUUCAAGAACAAUUGAUUGGUAUUUAGUAGGAGUCCUUCUUUAUGAAAUGAUUGUAGGAAUGCCACCAUAUUAUAAUUAAGAUAGAGAAAUGUUAUUUGAGAAUAUUAAAAAAGGAGUACUAAGAAUUCCAAGAACUAUGAGUGAAGAAGCAAAAGAUUUAAUUAGAUCAUUAUUAGUCAGAGAUCCAUCUUAAAGAUUAGGAGCUAAAGCUGAUGCAGAGGAAAUAAAGAAACAUGUUUUCUUUAAAAAUAUCAAUUGGGAUGAUAUCUACAACAGAGUAUAAGAUGGUCCUUUUAUAGAAAAGGAUAAUACUAAAUAAUGGGUUAAAGAAACAAUUGAUGUAAUUAUUUAAUUAUAUUUUUAGAUGAAAUUUAUUGAUUAAUCCCAAUCUAAUUAAAGAAUGUCUGAUUGGUCUUUUAUUUAAUGA